GGCUUUGUUUCUACGCAAUCAACUUUUGUAAUAAGACUCUUCUAUAUAAAUACCUUCUUCGAAUACCUAAGCAUGCAGCUGUCUAGGGUUUUUUUCCGAUCUUCACUUUCUCUCUUUUUUAACCUAGCUAGAGUCGUUCUUCUCAUCUUCUCCAUGGACUACAAAUCCCCCACCAAAGCCGAAGCAGCUCCUGCUGUGGUUAAGGCCGCGAUGCCUCUGCAGAAGAACGUUAAUGAAGAGCCCAUAGAUGAUUUGGGGAACCACAAGAAAGACAAAACCGAGAAGAACAUAUCUGAUCAGAUGGAGAUACUUGAAGGAUAUGGUGCUCGUCUUAAUCGGAUUGAAGAAAAUAUGGAUCUGUUGAUCUCAUUGAUUAGGUCAAACCAUGGAGUCAAAACAACCUUUUGGAAGGCUUAUGAGGCAGAGAGCAUGCCUAUGGAUGAAUCUUCUGAUGAGGAACCUAGCCCUUUUAGUCGUACUUUCGGUGGUUUUGGUCGUGGCCGUGGUCCUUUGAUCGGUGGUGGUGGUGGACCUCAUAAUCUUUUUGUCGGUGGUCGUUUUGCUGGUGGUCGUUGUGGUGGUCAUGGUUUUUGUGGCUCAUGUUGAUGGUUUUGUGGUAGAGAAGGAGCGACCUAGUUUUGCUACUCAGCAAUUCUUCAGCAAUUUUUUUUUUUUUUUAAUGUUAUUAGAGAAUUAGAUGAAGCUCAAGAUUACUUCACAUUGAUGUGCACAAAUUUAUAUGAAUAUUUACUUGCUAAUACCCUUGUUAAUCCUUUAGUUCUAAGAAAAAAUUAUAAGAUGUCCUUAUGCAAUUACGCUUUGGUCUA